UCUCACAGUCUCACUAUUUAAUAUUUCCACGAUACUUUUUCGGAGAUUACAAGUCUGUAGGGGGGAAAUGCGUUCCAGUUUUAUUGAUUGAAUUCACCAAAAACUGGAAUGUAUUUUCCCUCUACGGCCUUGUAGCCCACGAAACUAUUUCCAAUAUCCAGGAAGGUGAACCACUAUGAUGUGGGAUGAAUAUUUUUUUCUUAUAUUUCUACUGCUUGAUGACCCCUAGAGCCUACUAACCCAACUAACUCUCUAUUAACUGAUUUUACCCCAGCUGAUCCUUUUGAUACCUUAUUUGUGCCAUGAAGUUUUUUUUUUCUAUGAUUUAUUUGUUGCUUUUCUUAUGCUAUUUUUUUUAUUUUUGCAGUGGUGAUUUAUAAUGAGCUCACCUGCUAGAAGCGAGAAGAAAGGACAGCGACGAAGCUAGAGAAGGUAACGAUGGAGAAGAUAAGAACGCCAAAAAUAUUUGUUCUUUCAAAAAAGAACCUUCUGGCAAACUUCCUCCUCCUCCUCGAGUUUCUUUGAAGGGGAUCAUAUUCACAUAUUUUGCUACUAUCUCUCAUCCUCUUGCUCCUCUUAAGAAAGUGCGGAAGAAGGCGGAUAACCCUUUUUUCCCCAUUGACCAAAAGAGGGAGGUUCUUUCUUCCGGGAGUAGGGUGAACAUGGAGGAUGAUGUGCCUUCUAUGAAAAGCCCCAAGAAGGACGUUCAAGUCAGCAUGGUGGACAUGCUGAUUGGGAAAUAUGGAGCUACCGUCAGUGCCAGUUAACUGAAUGUGGCGAUGAGUAUUGUUCGAGACUCUGCCCUGCCUGUGGAGAGUUCUCCAUCAUGAGUAACGGCAAAUGAUGAAGAAAGGAGGCGUAUGACUUAAAGUGGUGAUUUAUAAUGAGCUCACCUGCUAGAAGCGAGAAGGACAGCGACGAAGCUAGAGAAGGUAACGAUGGAGAAGAUAAGAACGCCAAAAAUAUUUCUUCUUUCAAAAAAGAACCUUCUGGCAAACUUCCUCCUCCUCCUCGAGUUUCUUUGAAGGGGAUCAUAUUCACAUAUUUUGCUACUAUCUCUCAUACUCUUGCUCCUCUUAAGAAAGUGCGGAAGAAGGCGGAUAACCCUUUUUUCCCCAUUGGCCAAAAGAGGGAGGUUCUUUCUUCCGGGAGUAGGGUGAACAUGGAGGAUGAUGUGCCUUCUAUGAAAAGCCCCAAGAAGGACGUUCAAGUCAGCAUGGUGGACAUGCUGAUUGGGAAAUAUGGAGCUAGCGUCAGUGCCAGUUAACUGAAUGUGGCGAUGAGUAUCGUUCGAGACUCUGCCCUGCCUGUGGAGGUCCGCUAUUUUAGCAAGAAAAAAAAUGAGACCUUGCUAAUGAUAUUCAAAUGGCUCUAGUCAAAAUAAGUAUUUUACUUAGAAUUUUUUUAACGUAAUAGUGUCAAAUCAUUCAGUGUUUUCUUUCUCAGUGCCUCUUUGCCUUUAACAAAUUAUAAUAUUACGAUUACCGACUUUUAAA